UGUGUUUGGGUUCGUGCUCCUGGGGGGAGGGAGACGGCGGCGAGGAAAGUUUUUAUUUUUAUUUUGUUUUCAGUUUCUGGGGUUCGCGCUUCCCGGGCGGGUGAAGCGAGCGGGCGGGAAGAGCCGCCCCCGGCGCUGAGAAGAAGGGGGCUACGCGCACCACAGCGGCGGCUCCUCGGCGGGUUUUGUUUUUGCACUGAAUGUAGCCAGGACGGACCCUUGUGGGCUUUAGCAGCCCGAGGAAACUGUCAAAGGCACUAUUUUGCAUUUCUGCAGUUUUGCACAGAUUCUGUUCCCAUGCAAACCGAUGAGGGAGAAAUACUGGAGGAAGGCAGUCCCCAGAUGGAACAUGAGGAUUUUGUAAUGGAAGGGCAUGGCAAGACUCCACCUCCUGGUGAAGAAAACAAACAAGAGAAGGAGCAAGAAAGGGAAGAACAGUUAAUGGAAGACAAGAAAAGGAAGAAAGAGGAUAAGAAAAAGAAGGAAUCUACUCAGAAGGUCACAGAUCAAAAAACCAAAGUGCCCGAAGUGACGAAACCAAGUUCAAGCCAGCCAGUGGCCGCCAGCCCAAUUGGCAGCUCUCCAUCGCCACCAGUCAAUGGUGGCAACAAUGCCAAAAGGGUGGCAGUGCCGAACGGACAACCGCCAAGCGCCGCCCGCUACAUGCCUCGGGAGGUGCCGCCGCGAUUCCGUUGCCAGCAGGACCACAAAGUGUUACUGAAACGUGGGCAGCCCCCUCCUCCAUCCUGUAUGCUACUUGGGGGUGGGGCAGGGCUUCCUCCCUCUUCAGCACCUGGAGCAAACCCAAACAACGCACAACCAGUGAUAGGAGCAGUGCUGCAGAGCGAUAGUGGGACUGCAACAGAUUCAACAAUUGGAGGUGCUGCUGCUUCAAAUUAUGCAAAUUCCACUUGGGGUUCUGGAGCCGCCUCCAACAACGGCACCAACGCCAACCCAACUCACGUCUGGGACAAGGUGAUUGUAGACGGGUCUGACAUGGAAGAGUGGCCUUGUAUUGCCAGCAAAGACGCUGAGUCUUCUUCCGAAAAUACCACCGAUAACAACAGUGCCUCGAACCCUGGCUCAGAGAAGAGCACUCUGCCAGGAAGCACCACUAGUAACAAAGGAAAAGGAAGCCAGUGUCAGUCUGGAAGUGCUGGGAAGGAAUGUAAUCUUGGGGCCUGGAAAUCUGACCCCAAAGCUAAAUCUGUUCAAUCUUCCAACCCUGCUGCGGAGAGUAACAAUGGACUAGGAAAUUGGAGGAACUUGAGUGGGCAGGACAGAAUAGGCCCUGGUUCUGGCUUCAGCAACUUUAACCCAAAAAGCAACCCAUCUGCCUGGCCAGCACUGGUUCAAGAGGGCAAUUCUAGGAAAGGGAUUUUGGAGUCUGAUAAUGGUAAUGCCAAUGCACAGAUUAGUACAGUAGGUCAGACCUCUAGGGAACAGCAGUCAAAGAUGGAAAACGCGGGUGUUAACUUUGUUGUCUCUGGCAGAGAACAGGCUCAAAUACAUAACACUGAUGGACCAAAAAAUGGAAACACUAACUCCUUGAACUUAAGUUCGCCAAACCCUAUGGAGAAUAAGGGAAUGCCCUUUGAAAUGGGCUUGGGGAACCCCUCCAGAAGCACUGAUGCCCCUUCACAAAGCACUGGAGAAAGAAAGACUGGGAGUGUUGGAUCUUGGGGUACAUCUAGGGGGCCUUCUGGAACUGACACAGCCGCUGGACAAAGCAAUUCUGGAAACCAUGGGAACAAUGGAAAGGAUAGAGAGGACUCCUGGAAAGGAGUUUCUGUUCAAAAACCUAAUGGGUCAAGAAAUGAUUCUUGGGAUAACAACAACAGGUCUGUGGGUGGUGGGUCUUGGAACUUUGGCCCUCAGCACUCAAAUGAAAACAAAUGGGGUGAAGGGAACAAAUUGACAUCUGGGGUCUCUCAGGGAGAAUGGAAACAGCCGUCUGGGUCUGAUGAACUGAAGAUUGGAGAAUGGAGUGGUCCAAACCAACCAAAUUCUAGCACUGGAGCAUGGGACAAUCAAAAGGGCCACCCCCUUCCUGAAAACCAAGGCAAUUCCCAGGCUCCCUGUUGGGGAAGAUCUUCCAGCUCUACAGGAAGUGAGGUUGGAGGUCAAAGCACUGGAAGCAACCACAAAGCAGGAAGUAGUGACAGUCACAAUUCUGGACGCCGAUCAUACAGGCCUACGCAUCCUGAUUGUCAGGCAGUCUUGCAGACUUUGCUGAGCAGGACUGAUUUGGACCCCCGUGUGCUUUCAAACACUGGCUGGGGCCAAACUCAAAUUAAGCAAGAUACAGUUUGGGAUAUUGAAGAGAUGCCAAGGCCCGAGGGGAAAUCUGAUAAAGGAACUGAGGGGUGGGAGAGCUCUGCCACACAGACAAAGAACUCAGGGGGCUGGGGAGAUACACCCAGCCAAAGCAAUCAAAACAAGUCUGGAUGGGGUGAGCUCUCAACCCCCACAGAGUGGAAGGACCCCAAAAACACAGGAGGGUGGAAUGACUAUAAGAACAACAAUUCUUCUAGCUGGGGAGGAGUAAGACCAGAAGAAAAGCCUUCCUCUUGGAAUGACAGUUCCAACAAGGAUCAAGGGUGGGGUGGACGGCAACCUAAUCAAGGAUGGUCUUCAGGAAAGAACGGUUGGGGAGAGGAAGUUGACCAAACAAAAAACAGUAAUUGGGAAGGUGCAGGAAACAAACCAGUGUCGGGUUGGGGUGAAGGUGGGCAAAAUGAGAUUGGGACUUGGGGUAAUGGUGCAAAUGCAAAUGCCGCUUCAAAGGGCGGAUGGGAUGAUUGUAAAAGAACGCCAGCAUGGAAUGAGAAUGGUCGACAGACCAAUUCCUGGAAUAAGCAGCACCAGCAGCAGCAGGAGACUUCUGGCUCCUGGGGUCCACCACCUCCAGGUAAUGGGCGACCUCCAAACCCAAACUGGAGCAGUGGGCCACAGCCAGCUGCCCCCAAGGACGAGGAACCCAGUGGCUGGGAAGAACCUUCUCCACAAUCAGUCAGUCGGAAAAUGGAUAUUGAUGAUGGCACUUCAGCAUGGGGAGACCCUAGCAGUUAUAACUACAAGAAUGUGAACCUGUGGGACAAGAACUCGCAAGGGGGACAGGCUCCACGAGAACAAAGCCUGCCUACUCCAAUGACUAGCAAAUCAACAGCAUCAGUCUGGAGCAAAAGCACACCACCUGCUCCAGAUAAUGGUACAUCUGCCUGGGGUGAGCCAAAUGAAACCAGUCCUGGGUGGGGUGAAGUAGAUGAUACAGGAGCAUCGACAACAGGCUGGGGGAAUGCACCCUCCAACACCCCGAAUACCAUGAAACCUAGUUCCAAAUCUAUGCAAGAUGGCUGGGCAGAGAGUGAUGGGCCAGUAACAGGAACACGUCAUUCAAGCUGGGAAGAGGAGGAGGAAGGAGGAGUCUGGAACACAGCAGGCUCUCAAGGAAGCAGUUCCUCCCACAACUCAACAAGCUGGGGGCAAGGAGGAAAGAAACCACAAAUUAAGUGUUCAUUAAAAGGAGGAAAUAGUGAUUCAUGGAUGAACCCUUUAUCCAAACAGUUUUCCAACAUGGGAUUGCUAAGUCAAACUGAGGACACUCAAGGCAGUAAGAUGGACAUGUCUGUAGGUGGUCUCCCAGAUAAGAAAUUUGAGGUGGACAAACGAGCCAUGAACCUCGGGGAUUUUAAUGAUAUAAUGAGAAAGGAUCGAUCUGGGUUCCGUCCACCUAAUUCCAAAGACAUGGGAACCACAGAUAGUGGGCCUUAUUUUGAGAAGGCUGGCAAUCAUGGUUUAUUUGGAAACAGCACAGCGCAGUCGAGGGGCAUGCACACACCAGUGCAGCCACUAAACCCUUCCCCCAAUAUCCGGGCACAAGUGCCUCCCCAGUUUCUUUCCCCUCAGGUUUCUGCCUCCGUGCUCAAGCAGUUUCCCAACGGUGGCUUGAACCCAGGUCUUUUCAAUAUAUCUCCUCAACAGAUUGCUAUGCUGAGUCAGCUUCCAAAUAUUCCUCAGUUUCAACUAGCAUGUCAGCUUCUUCUUCAGCAACAGCAGCAACAGCAGCAGCAACAACAGCUGUUACAGAACCAGAGAAAGAUUUCUCAAGCUGUGCGACAGCAGCAAGAGCAACAGCUUGCUCGUAUGGUGAGUGCCCUCCAGCAGCAGCAAAGGCAGCCUGGCAUGAAGCAUUCUCCAUCCCAUCCAGUUGGGCCUAAGUCACAUUUAGACAGCAUGGUACCCAAUGCUCUGAAUGUGGGUCUCUCAGAUAUACAGACCAAAGGGCAAAUACCCGGAUAUGGUUCUGGGUUUGGUUCAAGUGGCAUGGAUUAUGGCAUGGUGGGAGGGAAAGAAGCUGGAUCAGAAUCUCGCUUUAAACAAUGGACUUCUAUGAUGGAAGGGCUGCCCUCCGUAGCUUCACAAGAUGCCAAUGUGCACAAAAAUGGUGCAAUAGUGCCCCCUGGAAAAGCCCGUGGAGGAUCGCCCUACAACCAAUUUGACAUAAUCCCAGGCGACCCGCUGGGUGGCCAUUCGGGCUCUACUGGCGAUAGCUGGUUACCUGCCAAAUCUCCACCAACGAACAAGAUCGGAAGCAAAUCCAGCAAUGCCAGCUGGCCUCCAGAGUUCCAGCCGGGAGUGCCAUGGAAAGGUAUUCAAAACAUUGACCCUGAAUCUGACCCCUAUGUGACCCCUGGAAGUGUGUUGGGGGGUACAGCCACCUCUCCCAUUGUUGAUACUGACCACCAACUUCUGCGGGACAACACCACAGGGUCUAAUUCUUCCCUCAACACCUCGCUGCCUUCACCUGGUGCCUGGCCCUACAGUGCCUCUGACAAUUCCUUCACCAAUGUUCAUAGCACUUCAGCAAAAUUCAGUGAUUACAAAUCAACAUGGUCCCCAGAUCCCAUAGGACACAAUCCCACUCAUCUCUCCAACAAGAUGUGGAAAAACCAUAUUUCCUCAAGGAACACUACAGGGCUGCCCCGCCCACCACCUGGCCUGACCAACCCAAAACCAUCAUCUCCCUGGAGCAGCACAGCACCCCGAUCGGUCAGGGGGUGGGGGGCACAGGACUCAAGACUUGCCUCUGGUGAGAAGGAUCUCCUGAUAGCAUCAUUGCUCGGCCGUGAGGGGUGUGUGUUAUACAGCGCUAAUGGUGUGGAUAUGAUGCGGCCUUCACAAGAGAGGAAGUUGCGGUUGCCUGCCUCUACCUGGAGUGAUGGUGGCUCAGUUCGUCCUAGCUACUGGCUGGUUCUUCACAAUCUCACUCCACAGAUCGAUGGGUCAACCUUGAGGACGAUCUGCAUGCAGCAUGGCCCACUGCUGACAUUCCAUCUGAACCUGACCCAGGGCACCGCCCUAAUCCGAUACAACACCAAACAGGAGGCGGCCAAGGCCCAGACUGCACUGCACAUGUGUGUGUUGGGAAACACUACCAUCCUGGCUGAAUUUGCCACAGAUGAGGAGGUUAGUCGCUUUCUGGCACAAGCUCAGCCCCCGACACCUGCAGCAACCCCAAGUGCACCCGCAGCAGGCUGGCAAUCCCUGGAGACAGGACAGAACCAGACAGAUGCAGUUGGACCUCCUUUGAAUCUUUUUGGUGGGUCAGCAGGGCUUGGGCAGUGGAGCAGCAGUGGUGGCAGCAGCAGUGGGGGCGAUCUCUCUGGCGCUUCAUUGUGGGGGCCUCCAAACUAUUCUUCAAGCUUGUGGGGGGUCCCAAGUGUAGAGGAUCCCCAUAGAAUGGGCAGUCCUGCUCCCUUACUACCUGGAGACCUUCUGGGAGGAGGGUCGGAUUCAAUCUGAACUUAGAACUUUCAACUCUGACCUCGUGACCUUUUUUGGAACAGCAGCAGCACUAACUUGACCUUUUCGUUUUUUUUCAACUUGCAAUAAAUACAUUUUUAAAAGGAAAAAAGAAAACGGAGAGAGAAAAAAGGUGGGUCAUUGACAGACUGUCUGAGCACAUAGUUGCCUCCCUUAUAUAACUUCAGUUUUUUCGUUUGGAAUAUGAAUCCAAAAAGAGAACAUAUCACUCUUGAAAUACUUGAAUCAUGAACGCCAACUUAGAAAGACAAUGUGAAGCAAGUACACAUACCAUUUAAAUUUAAACACAAAAAAUUAAAAAAAUUAGUUUCUAGUUUUUCACUUUUUCAUGUUAUACGGAAGUUGUUGCUAAGAAACAUAUAUACUGAAAAAUAGCUUUUUAACUUUGUUUGCACUGGGUGUGUUUCCGUCCUUAGGUCUACCAUGUUGGGUGGGGUUGGGGUUCAAAAGAAUUGCAGGGGUGGGGGAGGGGAAGACUUGACGGAGCCUCACUUUAAAAACAAAAAAAAAUGAAAAAAAAAAAAACCCUCAAAAAAAUCCCAACACUUUGUGAUUGGCUGGUUGAGAAAUACCAGUGUGUUCUGGCACAUGUAACUGCCCAUGUGUGCUUGUUUCUGGUGAGCGCGCAUUUUCUCCCUCUCUCUCGACUGUCUCAGAAUGCUGCAUUGCUGAUGGGUCUAUGGGCUGGCUGGCCAUCUGUGUGUCUUGAUUCUGAAAACAAGUAUAGAGGAAUCCCAGUGACUGAAACAAAAUUUUCUUGGGCUGGAUUUGUCAAAUCUUUUUGGUUUUUUUAAUUGAUUUUCGGAGGGUGCUAAUUCAAGUUUGCAGAUCAUAUUGAAUGUGGGUUGUUGCUUCCUAGCCCUUGUUCUAACCCUGUGGUAGAGCAAAACACUGCCAUGUCCGAAGGAUUUGGUGUGAAGGGGAGCCAGUGUUGUCUUUUGAGUAGCAGUGUAUUUAUUUAUUUAUGUCUGCAUGUGGGGUUUUGAUGAGUAAACCCUAGAAUGUUUGUUUUAUAAUGCAAGCCAUUCUUUUUUUCUUCUGUGGAGGGUAAAACAGAGGAUAGAAGACAUCACGUUUAUAUGUGGCUAAGACCAGUGUUCUUAUCUAGUCCCUUGCAAUCUUCAGUAUCUUUGGAAAAUGAGUCUCUCAUCGCUCCCCCAAACUGUAUACAUGUACUCAUGUCCAUUCAUGAAGUAUCCAUCAAAACCCUGAAAUUCCAGCCCAACCAACAUUAUUCUCUUAAUUGAUUUACUGCUUAUAUUAAAACUGACAAAACUAAGUUGUGUCAGCAGUUUGCUGGCCUGCCUGCCUCAUCUCCUGAAAGCACAUGCAGCUAACUCCUUUCUGCAUCCCUUCUGAUGAGUGUUACCUGUGCCAGGCCGUGGUGUAUUACAGUACCAGGCCAUCGCUGACAGAAACGUUUACUUACGAAUGUUCUUAAACCAGUGUGUACUUCAAAUGUUUCCUUUUGUUUCUCUGUGUUGUGUUUUUUCCUGUGUACGUGGUUUUGCUUAGGCAAGUAUAUAACUAGCAAAGACUUUUUUUAAAGUAUUGCACCUUUUUUUGUUUUUACUUUUUCUGUACUGUUGCUUUUUAAUUUCUGUAUUUAACGAAAGAUUUGUUUGGGAUUUUUUGAGCAUCAGUGUAGUAGUACUCUGGGCAGGAUGGGGUGACCUUUAAUCCACAGUGCUAGCCAGUGUGUGCGUGCGUGUGCACGCUGGGAACAAAACUUACAACACUGCUUGUUGUGAAAAGAGCUGUAGCAGACCUGAAGGAACAUCCCUUUACACAAAGCAGGAGAUAUUUUGUGGGGGCAGGGAGAAGAGGGAAGAGAGAGGACGGUACUCUUCUGAGAAGUGCCACCACUAGUUGGAUGGUGUCAAGCUCUGUGUUAUACUGUUUAGCAUAAAGUGCUGACAUUCUGUACCAGCAAAUACCUACCCAUUCCAACCCUGAGUGGGAGCAUACCUCUGUUGUCCUUAUUAACUGUAGAUGUGGGGAGGGGAGGGUAAUCUCUUUUCUUUAGCAUCUUCACUGAAGGAUACAAUAGUGUCUAAUGUAUUUAACUCUUUAAACAUUGAGGGGAAUGGAAAAGGCAAACUGAAAUAGUGUGUGUGUGUGUGUGUGUGAGAGAGAGAGAGAGAGAGGAGGGAAAGGUGGGGGAAUUCUGAGACUUUUUAAAAUUGCCAUAUCUGUGUAAACCCAGUGUGACAUUGAAGGCUGACUGAGGGGAAUGCUACAUCUAAAUAUGCUUAUAGAUUCAUAUGCAAAGUGUUAUGUGACCCAAAGGGUGUGGGUGUAUAAACUGGAGUCUGCAACAUACUAUCUGGUCAUUUUUUGAAUAUUAUUUUUUAUUUGUGUUUUGUUUUUUUUUGUUUUUUGUUUUUUUUUAUUGUGCCCUCUCCUCCAUCCCACCAUACACAUUGAAGCCAAUGUUUUUCUUCCAACUCCUGCCAGUUAGGUUUGUUCCCUCCCUCCCCCCAGGCAGAGCUACAUUGUCUCUGGUAGCCUCAGCAUGAAGAUCAGCCAUGCGCAGAGAUGCAGGAGAGAUAAAACCCCUGUGCCAGCAGUACUUUUCCAAUGAAGCACCUAUAAUGGCCUGAAUAAGCCAGUAUCCAUUCUGUCAUGUGACUCGCCCAUGCUGGUUCACUGCUGUGGUCCCACCCCUUCACUUCUCUCUCCCAACCUGCCCUAAGGUCCCUUUACCUGCACUUUGGGUUAGAUGAGUUCAUUGCGAUACUACGGUGAAAGCCGGGUGCUAGAGCCCCUCUUGUUUACAAGACAUAAUGAGGGAUUUGAAAUAUUUAAAAAUGAAAAGCUAAAAUGUUCUUCCAUAGUAAGCUUAAAGAGGAAAAAAAAUUAAAACUUACACACAAAAAAAGACCAAAAAGUUCACGCAUGCAUGCAUGCAUAUAUAUUAGAUGAAGACUAACUCUGGGAGCAUUUAACAGUGUUCUUUGUUUUUGUUUUAACAUUUAUUUUCCUGCUUUAAAUUUGCAAGCUUUCUCAGGAAUUCUAGGGUAGGAAGCCAGUUUUUGAAGAUGGUUUAUUUAACCUUAUCUUAUCCUAAAUAGAUGGCUGUUUCUUUCCUGUUGAUAAACUUUUACAAGUUCCUGAAUCUUCAAAAACUUUGAAAGUUUUUACUUAAAAAAAAAAUUAAAAAGCAGAAAAAUCUCCAAAUGUUACUGUCAUAACUGGGGAUCAAGCAUUUUAAAGACUGUAAAAAAUAAUAAUUAUGACAAAUUCAAUAAGCACAACAGAAAUUCAUUGUAUUCUUAAAAAACCAAGUUGUGGGAGAAGGGUUGUUCUUUGUAGAGUGCUGUUAGUCUCAUGUGGGUACAGUUGCAUGGGGUGGGAGAGAGAUGUGUGAAUGGAAAUAUAAUCACUUAGUUCUUUUUCAAUGAAAAUUAGACUGAACUAUCCCUCCAAGCACCUUUUAAAAAAAAAAAAAAGAAACUGUAAACCUAACCCAUACCUAUGGAAUAUCCUAGCAAUGGAGUGGUUGUAUCUUGUCUCCUUUUUAAUACAGAAAAUUAUCAAGAGGGGAGAGAAUUUGGAAGUCUCCUGUGAAGUGUACAUUAGAGAACAAAAGUGAUUAUUUUUAAGUUUCCAACUACCCCUUAGUCAAUGUUAAUCCCCAUUAUGAAGAUUUGCUGCUUUCUUUUCUUUGUCUUUCACCCAGAAAUGUACUUUAAUUUUAGGUUUUUUGAGGGGAAUAUUUAAGCUCUCCUGCUGAUCCCACAGGUGCCAGCUGUCAGGCCUCCCCGCCCUGAGAACAACUUUGCUGAUCUCAGUGUUGGGAUGAAUAACUCCUGUCUCCCACCAGAAAGGGGAGAGGGGCCUAAUCUGCCUGAAGUUUUUAGGCAGAAACCACAAGCCACUUUAGUGCCUUUGUACAUAUACCCACACAUUCUGCAAAUGGAGGCAUAUGUGAUCCAGUCACUCCAUGAAAAUGAAUGCACCUGCUCUUAGGAUAGAAAACUUGAUGCAGUGUGUUACAUAACAGAAGAAGUAAGAAUGCUUUUUAUGAUUUGAAAAAUCAAAUGCCAAGUUUCUCCUAUCACUUCAGUUGUGCUCUGUUUGUGUGUUGCAUUCUUCGUACAAGUGUGUGCAUGCAAGUGCGUUAAAAACAAUAUGCCAAGUUAAUUUGGAAAAUCAUAGUGUGAUUGGCCCAUAGAGAGGGAUUUAGUUUCUUUUUCUUUUUUUAAAUUGAGGGGAAGAUAUUUAUCUGAAUGCUUUGCCAGAGGCUGUGCUUUAUCAAUUGGCAAUGUCCAAAGAACAGAAAAUGGUAGGACUUAGUGAAAAACAACCAAGGCCUUUGCUGCAGUCCCUUGGAAACAGCCAUAGCUGAUGACUACUAAGAGGUUAGAACACUGAAUCUUUGGCUGUGUCAUUUCAUAAGGGCAUCCUUCCCCUCUCCAAAAACACCCCCAUCCCUGAACUCUAUAUAGGCUUUAUCUUUGGCACUUGUAUCUUGAGUCAUCAAUUUAUAAGUUGCUUGAGGGACUUUAAUACCUCCCAUUUUCCAGUCUGAAAAAAUUUAGUUGUCAAUUUUGGUCCUGUCCAAAUUUAUAGUUGAAACCAUGCAAGUAAUACUUGUCUAAACGCUGUCACUAGCUUGGUUCUAUAAUGUUUUUUCUGACCAUUUUGAACAAUAGUUUUGGAGGACCAUGCUAACCAGACAGCACUCUCCUAUAGGCCAAAUAUGGCUUGCCUUUCUCAAACAAGCAGUUCUAUUUGACGUCAGUGCCUGAAAGAGGCAAGUAGGAUUUGGUACUGGGUAGAUCUGGCUUUUAGAUCACUGUUCUCGAGAAGGCAUUUGUGACUGUCCUGGUCAGGAAAAAUGUGCCAGUUGCUGCUAGCAUUGUUUCACAUGAACACCAUGAAAAGAAAACUAGGAAAAGUUUGUGAGAAGAAGUGGAAAGGGCACAUCUUGGAAUAGAUUAUGAAUCUCUACUGCCAGUUGAGGUCAAAUGUCAAGUCCUUCCUGUUAGUCUCAAAAACAACAUCUUCAGUUUCCCAAGAUGUUAAUGAAGAAACAAAGAAUGCACCUUGUAGCAGUUCUGUUCUUGAUUCUUGCUCCUCAUGGCCAUAUAAUCUAAACACAUACAUGUCUCAAUUAUUAUUCCUUUCUUCCUGAUUUCCUGUCUCCUCUGUUUUAAUCCUCCACUGUUUUAAUUUUUCUAAUUACAUUUUAGCAAUUUUUCCUUUUACGUUCUAUUUUCUAUAAAUUCUGCUCCAGUACCAGCUGCUUCCCCCCUUCCCCUGAAUGUUGCCUGAAUUGUCUGUAGGCUUAUUCUCUGAAUUAGAUGGGUUUGAUCUCUUCUCCCUUCUGCCAUAGUAACUUUUAUGAAAGUGAUAGUGAAGAUUUCUAGUAUGCAAAAUGAGAAACAUGAGCAAAGUAGGAAGUCUUAAAAUAUAACACCACUUCUAGUGGAAAGCAGAUUUAAUUUCUUGCACUGGGUGCUCUUUGGGAAGACUUUUAGUCUUUUCAAAUAUGCCUGUGCUUUUCUGGACACUUUUCCAUCAAUGCUGAGGACCUCUACAAUCAGAUGGUGUGAAUUUUUUCUUAGACUUUGGCUUUCUGAUGUCCAGGUUAAACAGACCGAAGAAUUUAUGUAUUGAACAGAGACCUUAAGCCAAACACGUUUUACUCUGAAGUAUAAACAGGAAGUUUGCAGUAGACUCCAAUAUUAGAGAACAAUUCAGCCUUUGUAUUAAGUUGACCUCUCUUUUUUUUUUCUUUUUAAAUUCAUCUUGAAGCUUUCAAAAAUUAGUACAUUAGAAAUCUUGGUCUUCCUACUUAACACUGUUUUUCAUUGCAGGGAUUUGAACUGGCAAAGGUGACUGGUGUAAUACUUUGUAAAAGCCAACUUUCUCCUCAGUGUAUGCUCUCCUUCCUUAUCAAAUGCUGCCACACCUCCUCUGUUCAUGCCUUGAUUGUAGAAUAAUCUUCUGCUUCAUCCCUCAGCUGCCUUUCCCUCUUCCUGGGUCUGACUUUGCUCUUGCAUGUGGCUCUCUCAAAUUAGUGCCACUGACUUGAAUGAGUAAGUGCUACUCACAGGAGUAAGGGCUAUUUGUCUAAGUAAGAGGUUGCAGGAUCAGGAUUUAAAAUUGUAGCUGUGAGGCUAUAGUACUACCAGACAACCAGGAACACCUGCCUGUCCAUGCAUAUUAAAUUCACUGCAAACCAUGUGACUUCAGAAUCCAGGACUUCUCCAGUAUUCUGAGAUGCUCUUAUAAUGCUUUGCACGUAGUCGCUCAGGAUAUGAAGUCCUGAUUGACUGGGAUGGAAGUUAAUUUUUUUUUAUCUGCCCUGGGAAAAAUUCCAUUAUCGCAAGGAUGGAUGUCUCCUUAACUGUAAAUAUGCAAAAUAGUAAUGCAGAAAAUACUCCCAAAAAUACAAAGUUGAAAUGAUGUAUAAGAAACUAAAAAAUGCUGUCAGGAGAGUAUAAUUUUAUUAAGAGUGAGUUUUGUCUUGUAGCUGAAACAACAUAUGCAGAACCUGUAGCCUUUUCUACACUAAUUUUUCAAAAAAAGAAAAGAAAUCCAACUGGUAGUAUUAGUGACAUUAGGAGUCCAACAUAGAGGGGCCACCAGUUGCCUCUGGCGUUUUAAGCAUCAUGUUGAUUAUACCUACUCUGAACAGACUAUAGAUGACGUGAUGCUUACAGUACCAGAAGUCCACCAACACUAAGGCUUCUUGUGUGGCUGAAUAAGUGUUGUUAAUGAUGGGAAACUUGUGCAAAAUUUUCUGCAAAAUUAGCUUAAAUCUUUGUAGCUAAAUAGAGUUUGCAGCUAGGACUGUACCCUACCUAGAGACUAACCUUUUAAGCACUGUUCUAAUAAGUUUUGUCUCCUCUACAGAAGUUUUUUAAAAAUAUCUCACCAUUGCAAAUACCAGCACAAAUGAACUUGUAUUACCAACAGUGGAGACAUUUUGGCAAAAUUUCCCUGAAAUCAAUAAGGUCAUACAGUUUAGUCCUUUUUACACUGACUGGCCAGGCUGUAUUAGAACCCUGUUUGUCCACAAUAAAGUCCACAAUGCUGCUAUUAAAACUGAGUCAGUGGACCUCGUUACAGCAGUUUGGUUUGUGGUGUAGAUUGGACUUCAGCCAUGUUCUGUGGCUGGCUAAAACCUUGGAUGUGCUUUAGCUCCAUUAUGGAAAAUGGUUAAGAUCCCAUCUGUGCCACAGAAAAUGUUCUAAUGGUCUCCAGACUUGUAGGGUUCUAAGCCUGUUUUUUAAACUUUGUUGUCAGGCCAAUGUAGAUGUAACCUAAUAAGUGGCAUGCAACAAAGCAACAUUCACAUGCUGCAAGGGUGUGUGUGUAUUGCUUUUUAUAAAGGUAUGCAGGAAAGUAUCUGAAAAUCUCCCAGAACCUUGGGUUGUGAAAAGAGCAUCUUGCAAACUAAGUGUCCUGAGCAAAGAGCCAUUUCCUGCUGUGGAUGUGGCAGUCAGUAAUGGGGGCAUCCAGCAGUGUUAAAACCAGGUGGAAUUUUAAAAUUUUUUUCUUAGCCAGAGAGUUGGAAUAAUUUUGACUUGACCCUGACAACCAUUCCUAUAAACACAAACAGUGCACUCCAGAUAAAGUGGUAGAAAGUUAUGUGCCAGACAGCCACUGAAUAUUCUUUGUGGCACAGUCUCUUGGCUAUUUGGUGGGCAGAGGGAGAAGAGGGGACAUGGGAAGAGUUUGCAUGGACAAACAAAAGAGAGGCAGUGUUUAGCAAAAAGUGUUUCUUUUUAAGCACUAAAUGCCUCAUCUUAGGUAAAGUACAAAUCAAUGCAUUCAAAUAACAAAAUUCAUCAAUUUUUUAACUGUUUUUAACCAUGACAAAUAAAUGGAAGUUUCUCUCGUGUUUUAGAUGAAACACCCUUAGGUGAACAUGGUUCCUUCUUAAUACUAAUGUUGAGCAGCAAGAGCAGGUUGCACAGCUUGCUGGAGAUAGAUAUUUUAGUGACAUGGUUAUGAUAUUAAGUGCUUUUCUUCCCCUUCCCUACCCCUUCCAGAAUCGGCUCACCCUCCUUAUAUAAGGUGCUGAAUGUUUUGUAUGUUUAGUGGGGGGUGCAGGAGGAGCAGAAGAGUGAAAAGGGAGCCAAGAUAGAACAGCCUUACUUUAGGGGGUAGCCUUACAACAGAGCUUUAUAUUGGGGGUGUGCUGUAUUCCAAAACAUGUAAGCCAAAAAUGGAAAAAAGCGUUCAUUUAUGCAACAACAAAAGAAGGGGUGUUGGAAAACUUCUUUAAGAAAUGUAUACCUUCUGAAGGUAGAGUGGUGUCUCACCAAGUGAUGCGUUAUAUGAUGCUUCUUCCUGGGUCAGUAGGGAUGGAUUGGGGUAUAAGCGCUUAACAUUUUCACCUCUUUGUUGUUUUUACAAGCAGUAACUUAAAUGUGGUAUUUGUGAAUGUGCCUUUGUGAGUACAGCAACUGUCUAAGGAGACUACUUGGGCUGGAGUAGGGAGACAGUGGUCAAUUCAUUCUUUCAAGACAUCAAAUAUAAAGAUGCCAGCCCACUGAUCCCUUUCAACAAGUAGCAUCUUUGGGCUAUUCUCUACACUGCACAGUAAUCGUAAGUGGCGUAGAGGUUUGGGGUGUGGGAAGGGACAUAAGAUGAUGCACAGAAGCUGAUGAUAGUUUUAGGCUAGUCCGCAGUUGCAGGUUGAAUUUAUAUUUGUAUUAUGUAGCUUCUCUUUUUUGUGUGUGUGUGUGUGUGUGUGGCUUGCUUUAAUUUUUUGUAAGCACUGGAGAAUUGAAACACAGUGAUGUUUGAGACACAUUUAUGCAUGCAGAGAAGAAGGUGUUUUGUAGCUUCUGCCAUUUGUGGGUACACUUUUACCCUUUCUUUCCAUGUCCUAAUGAAACAGGAAAAUUAUAUUUUUUUCAACCCUUCAACUUCCAGCACAUUGAACGUUGCCAUUUAAAUUAACAGGGUAUUACAAGAAUAAAAAAAAUGUUUUUGAAAUGGUGAGGUAGAAGUGUUUAAAAAAGAAAAGAAAAAAGUCUGAAGUAAUUUUUUGUUUCUUCGAAACUGUUUGUAGCUAAACAUGGGAAUCUGCAGUGUCUCCUUCCAUUUGUUUUUCCCUAUUAUUCCACCUCUUCACCCCAAAUCUGAGGUGUGCAAGAGCUGUUGCAUUAGCCCCUUUCAGUCCUCACCCCAAAAAGAAACUCCUAGUGGGACCCUUCAGUUCCAUUCAGGAAGACAAAGGGAGGAGAGACUCUGCAGCUUUCUUUGCUUCGCUCUCAUUCCUCUCUAAUGGCCUUGAAAUGUAUUAUUAUGCAAAUGUGAAUUUUGAUACUGAACUUAAGAAGAGGUGUGUUUUUUUUCUUUUUCAAAAAAAAAAAAAAGGUCCCAUAUGUGGUCAGCAUUGCUUCUUUAUUUUGUAAGUGAAUUGUAAACUAUGCAUUCUGCUGGGGGGGUGUAGGGGAAGAAGAGGUAGCUUUGCUAAACUGUUCAGCAGUUUCUGUGUCCAUGGUGCAUCCAUGUUGGUGUGGAGGGAAAGAGAAAGAGUGAUGAAUUCUCCAAAACUGUCUAGUUAUCAAAAUUGCCAACUUCUGAUAAGAGAAGUUCCCAAGAGACUCUUUCGAAGUCAGUUAAGAUUGAUUCCAAAAUCCAAUUCAAAUUCUGCAGGAUUGUGAAUUCUAGCCAUGCAGUGUUAACCAAGGGCCAGCAGUGUGACAUGAGACCCCAGCAUUCCUUGGGAAAUGAUUUGACCAUCUCUUAUGUUAAGGCCCCUUUCAAGCUCAGGAAACAGAGUGCCUCAGGCACUGUCUUUUGGGAUUUACCUACUCACUUUCCAUUUGAACAGCUACUCUCUCAGGAGAAUCGGAACACAGACACUCCUUACUCAUAAACUGUCUACGUGAACCUUUUCCUAAAAUUGCCACUGUUACUGUCUCUGGUGCAGCUCUAAUGGAUGGGAGCACUAUUACAAACUGGCUGCUGGUGUUGUAGCUAACUUGUCAGCGAGGCCUGAUCAGAGCAGAUGUAGGAGAACUUGGCAUUUAAAAUGCUAGUAACUACCAAUAUCUUGUUUAUACUAUUGCUACUGGUAAUGUAGUGGUGGUGGUAGUGAUGGAAAAUUUUAGGGAACAAAGACUAAUGUAGAUAAAGCCAUCUAAAUUAAAGAAAUUAGUCUUGUGUACUGGGAAGUGGCUGCUGUCCCAAUGGGCAAAAGAGGAUUCACUUUCUCACCCCCAAAAUGCAGUUGAUUUUGUCACUUAUAUGUGUACCUGGAGCUCAGUGGGCUUCUUCAAGUGGUCUCAUAGAAAAAUGUAAAUCUCACUGCCCUGUUCGUUGUCUUAAUAGGAGCCUUGUGUUGACUUGACUUUCCCUUGCCCAUGGUGAACCAUGGUACCUGCAUUACCCUUGGCAUUAUCUUAGAUAACAGUAUCAUAACUGAGAGAUUAUCUUGCCUGUAUUCAGUGUUUUUCAUGCAGCAAUUUUAUUUUUUGUUGACGUUCACAGUACUGUAAUGAGUAAUAGACUUGAUGAUGACACUCUCCUCACAUCUGUGCCUGCCUUACAGAUGUGAUCUUAUCAGGGUUCCACACUGUUGGAUUGCCUUUUAAAAAAUAAAAAAAAAUCCUGAAGUUUCAAUUCUUCAUCACAAAAUACCUCAUGGUACAUUUCCCUUUUUAAUGUAACCUUUCAAGCCCUAUGUUCUUUUCCAACCUUGGUGGGCUUAUCCGCUUCUUAGAUCUCCUCCUGGGAGAGAGGCUUAGAUUAGUGGUUUGAGCACAGGACUGAGAGCCUGGAACUCUUGGGUUCUAAUCCUGGCCCUUCCUCUUCCUCUUUAGCCUUGAGCAAGUCACUUAACUUCUCUGCCUCCGUUUUUUCAUCUGUACAAUGGGGAUAAUAAUACUAACCUACCUCACAGGGGUUUUGUGAGGAUCAGAUAGUUCAUGUCUGUAAAGUGCUUAGAAGAUAAAAAGCACUAUAUAAGUAUUAUGAGUUUAAACAGCAAGAUAACUCAUUCUUAACAUUGUUUGCUUCGGGUGGGAUGGGGGGAAAAUAUAACACUUCUACAUUUAAGCCAUCAAAAAUCUAGAUCCUAAAUGACUUAACAAAGCAGAAGUCAAUGGAGAGUUUAAACCAUCCAUAUUGCUUACUUUCUCCUUCCCCUCGCUAUCAGUCUCCUCCCCUGCCUUCCAUAUGCAGUAAUGCCAUUUUUCUUAUAGGUCACAAGCCCAUUCUUUUAAGCAGACAUUUGAGCCUGGUUGGAUUGAUGUACUUGCAACUUUUCUCCUCUUCCACCAGAUUUCUAAAUUGGAUGCAAUGUGUCAUCUUUUUCCUGCCUUUAAACAGACUUUGGGUGGUGAAGUGUCAUCCCUCCAUGGACCGCAUCUCUUCCUGCCUUCAGGAAGGGAGGAGUAUCUUGUAGAUCUCAUGGGGAUUGUAAAAGGAAGAGCCUUGUCACUUUAUGCUUUUCUAGGAAUAGAGGAGAGUGUAGUUCCCUGUAACUUAUGAAAAUGGUGUUAUACUACCACUUCAAAUAAGGUGUCACCUUGUCCCUAAUACACAGAAGCCAUCAUAUACCAAUAGUACAUUGAAACAGAGAGAAUGACAUUCAAUAGUAGAUGCUGCUUAUGUAUAUGCCUUAUAGCUCACCCAGAAUCUCUGAGAGGGUGAUGGGGAAAGAGGUCUUUGUUGGGUAAAUCCCACAGCUGUCAGGGAAUCUCUGAUACUUUCUCCCCUCUCCGAUCAUGUUGUGGUCAGUUUCUUCUCUCUCGGAUGAGUGUCUCAGGGAUGUGCAUAUGAGCCCAUGCCUUUGGAAUUUGGUCUUGGAAAUCUUGAGAUUUUGGUUUCAAUUCUGUAUUUGAAGGCUUUUUUUUCCUGACACUUCACUGGUCCUCUCCGUCCCUUGCAUUGCUCCCUGUGGCCUUAGGAUCAUCUCUUCACUGCUGCCAUAUGUCACCAUCUCCACCUCUGCCAGCACACAAGUGAAAUCUGUCCAUGAUUCCAAAAAGAACAAAACUGAAAUAGUGCAUGGGCGUUCCUAAGAUUUGCGUGCAAUUGCACACGAUUUCUGAGGUGCAGAUAGAUGUGUUUUCCUUCCUAUACAGAAAACAGAACAAACAUUGCAUAGCUCUGCUGAUGGUAACUCUGCACUGUUUACUUUUUAAUUCAAUGUUAUGUCUUUUCCCAAAAGAACCAAAUUCCAAAACCAACCUUUUUUAGGAAGAGGGGGUGAGGAAAGCAAAUGUUGGGGAGGGGUUCCAAACUAUUUUAGUUUCCACCAUUUGGAUGGAGACAUGAAAUGCUGCUUUGAAAUCCACAGACCUAAGGAGCUAUGUUUACAAAGACAAAUGCUUUCUACCUGAUCAGGAACCUGGCUGAUGGUGGGCAUCCGAGGUUUGGUGAGGUUUUCCUCAUUGCUAACAAUCAAGUCAGGUAAUGGGGGAGGAGCUGUGUCUUGAGGAGGAAUGGAGGAAGAGGUUAACUUAAUCUAGCCUUGUUUCUGAAAUCGUUUCCCCUUCCUCUCUCCUUCCUUUAAAUAAAUAAGUGCGUGCAGAGUGGAUAAUCACUGAUGUCCAAAACUGCUGGAUUAGAAAAGGCAGCUUUCCUUCUUUGCACAUAAAUAAGGUAACAGGAAGGUACAGCUAGAGCCCUCUUGCUGAAACACUGUCCCCCACAAGCAGAUGUAAUCAUAAAAAUGGUGGAUGCGCGUAUUGAUGCUCUUUGCAAGUUACCUAUGAGUGUUUUUUUCUUAUACUUGAAAUAGCUUUCUUUAUUAAAAAUGAUUUUAAUUCUGGUCCUGUCCCCUCCCCCCUCCCGGUGCCCUAGGAUGGGCAGCAGAGAAAGCAGACAAGGGAGAAUAGAGAGGAGGUGACACAAUUCCUUUCAUGCCCAGGUUUCUUUUUAAUUCCCAUCCAUACACCCUGGUGUUUGAACUUGCUUUCUAGCCUAGUGGUUUUCCAUGGACACAGAAACUCAGCACUUUGAGGUGCUUUUGUAUGGCAGGCUGCCCCCCCCUUCUCCUCUUCUGUAUUUUUAUUUUACUUUUAGUAUAGUGGUACUUAAAAUCACUGGUUCACUUAAAAAACAAUAAAAUGUUUAAACUCUACUAAUGUACAAAUAAGCUGAAAUGUUGCAUUUUAUGUGUAUUUUUUGCCAUAGCAGGUACUGUAUUUCUCAUGCUGGAUUUCAAAAAAACAAACAAAAGGGUGAUGUUUUAUUGGAGUGUGACAAAUUAAGAGUAAUAAGGAAUUAAGUCGUCGUCAUUUCAUUGAAACUGAGAGAUGGUGUAAUACAUAUAUAAGUUUUCUGAAGGUUUUUUUGGGCUUUUAAACAGCUUUUUUGUUUUUAUUUUAUUUUUAUGUUUUUUAAAGAUAUGAUUGUAUUAUGUGCAACUCAGUUGCUUACAUUAUAACUACAAAAUAUUUUUGGGUUCCUGGAAAAAAAGAGACUAAUAAAUGUGUUUGGCUGCUAAGCGUUUAA